AGCGGAGGGCGGGUCCUACCACCUGUGGGAUAAAGGGGCGUGGACGAGCAGAAGCUACUUUACCAAUCCUCCGGCUGGACCUUAGAGGAAAGUCGCGACUGUGCGUCCCGGGAAGGAAGCCAAGUUGAUGGGCUACACUGGGGACAGGGUGAGAGGUCUUGAGGGGCGAGUGGUGGUCUGGAGAGCCCUGGGCACCGCCCUGCUGGGACCCAAAUUCCUCGUGGGAACGAUGCGGAAACAGAAUCUCAGCGUGCCCCUUCCUCACUGCCCUCCAAAUCCAGCUGCAGCCAUUGCCGCAACCACGAUGCCGAAACGAAAGAAGCAGAAUCAUCAUCAGCAGCAGCCGCAGCAGCAGCCCCCACUGCCAGAGCGGGAAGAGACUGGAGAUGAGGAGGAUGGGAGUCCCAUCGGACCACCCAGCCUUCUGGGCCCUCCCCCCAUGGCCAAUGGAAAGCCUGGUGACCCCAAGUCAGCUCUUCACAGAGGUCCUCCGGGAUCAAGGGGACCAAUGAUCCCACCACUGCUGAGUCUCCCACCUCCUCCCCGGGGCAGAGGCCCAAUUCGGGGAGGCCUAGGCCCCAGGUCUGGCCCAUAUGGUCGUGGUUGGUGGGGGGUCAAUGCUGAGCCUCCUUUUCCUGGACCAGGCCAUGGGGGUCCCUCCAGGGGAGGCUUUCACAAAGAGCAGAGAAAUCCUCGAAGGCUCAAAAGCUGGUCUCUUAUCAAGAAUACCUGCCCACCCAAGGAUGGACCCCAGGUUAUGGAAGACAAAUCUGACCGCCCCGUCUGCCGACACUUUGCCAAAAAGGGCCACUGUCGAUAUGAGGACCUCUGUGCCUUCUACCACCCUGGCGUAAAUGGACCUCCUCUGUGAGACUGUGCCUUCCCAUCCAGACUGGAAGGAGCCCUCUGACUUUGCGGCCAUAUACUUCCCUGUGGCCCUGUGAUGGCUACCGCGAGGCCGUUCACCUGCCGCCCUCAGUCAGUGAUGCCCAGCUCCAUCGCCACCUCCCCCACUCGGGGUCCAGAGCUGUGUUCCGUGACUGGCGCACGGUGUGCACGCUUCCUUCUGAUGCAGCCUCCAGAGACUCGUCUCCGGGACCCCAUCUUUGCUCCAUUCAACUGCCUCCUGGAUCCUCUUCCCCCUCGCCAGCUGACUGCGGAACAGGAAACCUCUUUGGUGCUGUUUCUUGUGCAUCUGUCCACCCAGGCCCGGGUAGCGCCCUGGAUUCCUGAGAGCCCUGGAGCAGUUUCCUACCAUUCCCUUCUCGCUGCUUGUUUUAAGUCCUUUUUAUGUGACACCCCCUUCCCCCAGUGUUGUCAGCUGCUCUGUGACACUCACCAGCUUGUCUGACCUGGGGUCAAGUUGGGAUGACUGGUGCAGAGUCACUCCUGAGAGGCCACGUUCCCUGCUUUUGGAUUUUGUAGUUUCUGCGUCAGUAGCAUGAUCUCCACCGCUAUGGUCUGUGAUCACUGUGCUUUGUGAGACUGUGCAUCCCCUCAUAGCCUUUCUCAGUGUCCAUGGCAUUUUUGUGACUUCCCAACGCUAGAGUGAGUUUUUCUGCCAAAAUGCGUGGGGCCGUUGGUGCCCUCUAGACUUUCCCCACCUCCCGACGUGGGAGAACUGUGAAACUUCCACAAGGCUGCCUGCCUGGUCCUCCCCAUUCUCCCGGUAUCGGUUUCUCUGGGUUUGACACAGGCCCGAGAGACGUCCUCUACCCUAUCUCCUCUCCAGCCCGAUUUAGUUAGAUUAUGUCAUUGUGAGGCCACCAGCCCUUUCGUUUGAAUUCUGUGAAUCUCCACCUGGUCUACCUGUGGGUGGAACUUGGACAGUACUGUCGCCCUCUUCCAACCUUCUUCCCCUGCAUCCCUGGCACUGGUUGUUUUCUGUGAAAACGGCAGUGAACAGGUUCAGUUUUGAACUGGCCCUGGGGAAAUGGGUCAGGAGUUGUGUGGGCAAGAGGGAGGGAUGAGAGCCGUUGGAGAACUGAGAAUGAAUUUUUUUUUUCUUUCUAACAUGUUUUUAUAUUAGUAAUAAAUGCAGCGGAAACAAGCAUUUUCUUUAAUUCCUGUGUUCCAGUCAUCUCCGGAGAUGCAGGUGAGGCUG